CAGAGGGAAACGAGACGACUGUAGGGCAGGAUGGCUGAUCUGAGCUUCAGGAGAAGACGAGAUGCUCUCAGGAUUGUACUCCUGGGGAAGACUGGAGCUGGGAAGAGUGCUACAGGAAACACCAUCCUAGAUAAAGAUGCAUUUAGAGAUGAUGCAUCAGUGACCACUGAGUGUUCGAGAGAAACAGCUGAGGUCAAUGGAAGACAGAUUACUGUGCUUGACACUCCAGGACUGUUUGAUACUCGAGUUGGAAAUGUGGAGAUCCAGAAGGAAAUCACUAAAUGCAUCUUCAUGGCAGCUCCAGGUCCACAUGUGUUUCUGCUGGUACUGAAAGUCGGACAGAGAUUCUCAGAGGAGGAAAAGGGAGCUGUAGAGAUAAUCCAGGACAUGUUUGGAGAAGAGUCAGUGACCUACACCAUGCUGCUGUUCACUGGAGGAGAUCUUCCUAAAGACACAAUAUUUCAGUACUUUGGAGAUCCUGGAUCUGAUAUUAGAAAUCUGAUUGAACAGUGUGGGAACAGAUUCCACAUCUUCAACAACAAGCAGAUCAGAAACCGAAUGCAGGUCACUGCUCUACUGGAGAAGAUCGACUCCAUGCUGGCAGUGAAUGGAGGGAGCUGCUACACUAAUGAGAUGUUCCAGCAGGUGGAGAAAGAAAAAUUUGCAGAGCAAGAGAGGAAGCUGGAGGAGGAACUGGAGAGACUGAGGAAGAGGUCUGAGGAGAAAUCUAAAGAAAAUGAGCUUCAGUUGAUGAAGAUGACGGAGGAACUGGAGAGUGUAAGAAAGAGCUCUGAAGAGAAAUCAAAAGAGAAAGAUCUUCAGCUGAUGAAGAUGACAGAGGAACAAGAGAGAAUGAGGAAGAGUGCUGAAGAGAAAUCUAAAGAGAAGGAGCUUCAGUUGAUGAAGAUGACGGAGGAACUGGAGAGUGUAAGAAAGAGCUCUGAAGAGAAAUCAAAAGAGAAAGAUCUUCAGCUGAUGGAGAAGAUGAAGGAGUUGGAGAGUAUGAGGAAGAGCGCUGAGGAUAACUAUAAAGAAAAUGAGCUUCAGCUGAUGAAGGUGAUGGAGGAACUGGAGAGUGUGAGGAAGAACGCUGAGGAGAAAUCUAAGGAGAAGGAUCUUCAGCUGAUGAAGACGAUGGAGGAACUGGAGAGAAUGAGGAAGAGCGCUGAGGAGAAAUCUAAAGAGAAGGAUCUUCAGCUGAUAAAGACGAUGGAGGAACUGGAGAGAAUGAGGAAGAGCACUGAGGAGAAAUCUAAAGAGAAGGAUCUUCAGCUGAUGAAGACGAUGGAGGAACUGGAGAGUCUGAGGAAGAGCGCUGAGGAGAAAUCUAAAGAGAAGGAUCUUCAGCUGAUGAAGACGAUGGAGGAACUGGAGAGAAUGAGGAAGAGCGCUGAGGAGAAAUCUAAAGAAAAGGGUCUUCAGAUGAUGAAGAUGAUGGAGGAACUGGAGAGAGUGAGGAAGAGCGCUGAGGAAAAAUCUAAAGAGAAGGAUCUUCAGCUGAUGAUGGAGGAACUAGAGAGUGUGAGGAAGAGUUCUGAGGAGAAAUCUAAAGAGAAAGAUGUUCAGCUGAUGAAGACAAUGGAGGAAAUGGAGAGAUUGAGGAAGAGCACUGAGGAGAAAUCUAAAGAGAUAGAUCUUCAGCUGAUGAAGAAGAUGGAGGAACUGGAGAGUCUGAGGAAAAGCGCUGAGGAGAAAUCUAAAGAAAAGGGUCUUCAGAUGAUGAAGAUGAUGGAGGAACUGGAGAGUCUGAGGAAGAGCUCUGAGGAGGAAUCUAAAAAGAAGGAUCUUCAGCUGAGGAUGGAGGUGAAGGAGAUGGAGAAAAAAAUCUGUGAAUCUCAGGUAGAAAUAGAAGAGUUGAGAGCAGGUAAUAAUGACUUUUAUUUUCCAAUUUUAUGCCAGUAAUAAAUCCCAGAUCCAGGACUCUUUUCAGCUGCAGAUAUAUGUAUUAGCAUAGUUGUAAGAGCCUAAAUUUAGUUUAUGUAUAUAAUGUUUAUCUGGUUGAUGUGUUAUUAGAAAUAAUACCAUAUUUCAAGUUCAUUAUUAAGUACAAUUCAUUUUUAUUUGAAGGAUUUACAGUUCAUAUGUUAAUAUGUAGAAUUUAAGGUAUUUAUAUAGAUUAUUUAUGUAUUGUGGAAAGUUAGAUUUAGAACAGAGUGGUUGCCUUGCUAGCUGUGGGUAAUUGGACUCUACCAUGAGAAAGAGGCUGUGGGAGGGGCUAAGAGUUCCAGAGAUAAUCAGGAGAGGGAGGGGUGAGAGGGGUUAGUUGGUGAACAAGAAGGAGAAGAUGGAGCCUUAAAGCCAAACAGUUUU